GGAAUAAUAUGAAAUAACUGAUUUUAUGUUCACCGUAUGUAUGCUUUCAGACGUAUGAUUAUAAGGAAGGUAGUUAAGUGCCAUAUUCCUUCCUAAGUUGCAGGUGCAUCUAUUUCGCAGGUGCAUCUUGUAAAGUCGGGGUGAGAAAUAAGACGCAUACAAACAGGCACAAGUAUACUCGGUAUAGUACCGUGUAAUGUAUACUCAUAUGUGUGUUAUUCAUUUAUUUAUUUUUUUUUUUUCAUAUGAUACAUAUAAAUAACAUGUGAGUCUUCUGUGGUGUAACCAGUGUUUUUUCCCCUCAGGUAUACCUUCUGGGACUGACAUGUCCACGGGUUUAUCUCACUCGUGUUACGAGACCCCUCACAGAAAUCCCUGGGUGACGGAAAAGGAUGGCGAGAGCAGUACCUCGUCUGGUCGUCAGCAAGCCCAGACGGAUGCUCAGACUGAUAAGCACAAGAUCCAAAGCCAUGAUUUUGUUUCAGCAUUCCAGUCGAUGUCCUCCCAAAUCUACCAGACGUCUGCUUCUCUAACCACGACAGUUACACCAGUAUCUGUAGGCUCCUGGUCUAGCAACCACGUGCUCUGUAACCAAGAAAGUGUUGCUAGCCGUGGGAUGGUGCACCCUCAUACUGCACAUUCCGUGCACUCUAGCUCUCGUACAGGACAGUGUAUUCCUGUUACAACUCACUCCAUACCUGCAGCUAUCCAGCAGUCAUGGGUGGAGCCGAAAUUCCUGAGAAAUGCACCUGUGCAACCAGAAAGAAGUGGGUUUGCUGGAAAUGUCUUUGUAGCAGGGGGCAGAAAUGAGAUACCAUGCCCUGGUAUCCAGUCGACUAUUUGCAACCAUCACCAAGCGCAGCAACACUCUUUCCAGCAGGCACAGCCAGAUCCCGCCCUGUGCCCUGGGCGGGAGGCAAACACCUGGCGAGGCUUGGGUGGGGCUCCUGGCUGGGAGAGCUCCCGUUGCGAAAAAUGCUACUACUGCUGCUUCCUGACGGCUCAGAUGAUUUUCGUCACUGGCAUCGUAGUGGGCUUCUCUCUCCUGGUGGCCGGCGGAGUGUUCCAUCGUCGCCAUGUGGCACAGUUUCAGGUCUUGGUGUACAUCGGCGCCAUGGUUUCACUUGUGUGCGUCCUUCUUCUGGUCAUAUUUUGCGCAAUGGGAAGAGACCGCCGGCCGAGACGCAGCCGGAGAACGUCCCUGCGCUACCUCUCGUGUCCCCAAGUGCUGGUGGAUUGUGAGGUACUUCCGCUCCAAUCAGUUGAUGCAAGUGGGCCUCAGAUGAUGCUGGCCGGAGAGGGUAGCCCUGCAGGGGAGAUGCAGCAAAUUAAUAGUGGGGACAUUGGUGUUGUGAGCCCCUCCAUAUGCUUGGCCAAACCAGUCGAUCAUAAAAGAUUUUAUAUAACGCCAGUCAGUCAUAGAGAAUGUGCAUUAGGGACAGGAAACCACAGCAUUGCUAACACUGGCUCGACAAAUCAAAAGGCAUUAGCUUUAAUAGACUCUGACAGUCAUGGGGCACAAGCUAUACCUGUGAUAAGGUCAGAAAUACCACCUCACUUAGGCCAUAUGGAGUAUUCUGUAAAGAGGUAAGUGACAGGGAUAUGGGGUGGGUAUCAAGUAACAUUUCUAAAAAUCCAGUUGAAUGAUAAUUUAACUGCCAACUUAUUUUGGGAGUUGCCAGAACAUGGCGAGGAUCCCAUUCAAUGAAUUGUCUAAAAGAAAAAUAUGUCAGACAAGAAUGAAUGAACCCAUUGUGUUUGGUGGACAGUUCAGACUCGCAAGCAAAGUGAAACAGAUUUGACGAUAAGUUCUAUAGUAAUAUGGAAGUAAUAUUCCUAGGGAUGCACACGCUCCCUACAGGAAAUCGCCAGGCCAUGAUGUCAGGAACAGUGCUACGUACUUUUCAAAAAUUAAGAUUCUGUGGUUUAUGUAAGCUCUUUUAUUCGAAAUUGUUAGACCUGCUUACUCGAUCUAAUUAAAUGGUAUUCUCAUUUACCUAGGGGCUUUUAUAUUAUACAAGCUAAUGAGAGAUAUCAGUAGUACAUAUUGACCAGUGGUAGCUAGUGGCUCUUAUAUUUGAAUUUAGUACAGCAUUGUUCCUACAUAUUUUUCUGCAGUCGGAUGAUGAUAUCUGCUUCAUAAAACUGAGAUACAUUAAAAUUAUGUAAUCUCUACAUCGACUAUUUUCUAAAUUUUGGUUUAUACUAUCUGAACACCGGUAGAGCGUGUUACACACAUAGUGAAUCCGCUCGAUCAAGAACGUCAGAGCUCGGGAACUCCAUGAGGCCUCAGUCCGAGAGCGAGCGUCCUGAGAGCUGACGCGGAAGUACUGUAGUUAGCUCGAGUAGUACUUGGCCACAACAACAUUAAUCAUUAUUACGAAACAAUGUAAAUCACACACACACACACACACACACACACACACACACACACACACACACACACACACACACACACACACACACACACACACACACACACACACACACA